AUGGAUGCAAAUGUCCGCGUCAGGUUAAUCCCUUAUAAAAAAACAGAAGGACUUCUUUCAAAUAAUAAAAACAAAUCAUUGGGUGCAAAUAAUCUGGAAACAUACAAUUCACUAAAUAAUAACAUUAGUAACCUUAGCAAUAAUAACAAUCAUGCAAUUGAUGUUUAUGAUGAUGAUAGAGCUGGAAGGGUAGAAAAUAAAUCAUUCUUUCGAUCAAUAAUGUUAACGAUACAAUAUUCAAGUUUAAAUUUUUUAUUAAUAUUUCUGCCUUUGGGAUUUUUAGCAAAAAGUUUUGACUUGAGUGACACCUACAUAUUCACAUUUAAUUUCUUGGCAAUUAUCCCCUUAUCAAAAUUGUUAGGGUUUGCAACUGAAGAUAUUUCUCUUAGAGUAGGGCAAACAUUAGGUGGUCUGUUGAAUGCAACAUUUGGUAAUGCUGUGGAAUUAAUAAUAUCACUUGUUGCCUUGAUGAAAGGUGAAAUUAGAGUUGUCCAGUCAAGUAUGCUGGGAUCAAUCAUCUCUAAUUUAUUAUUGGUGCUGGGAAUGUGUUUUGUUGCUGGUGGAUUUUAUCAUGAUGAACAAGAAUUUAAUCAGACAGCAGCUCAAACAAGUUCAAGCUUAAUGGCUUUGGCAUGUGCUGGGUUGAUAAUCCCAGCAGCAUUUAAUUUUGCUAUUGGAAGUGUUACUGAUAAUGCUACCAAUGUGGCUUUUCUCCAAGAAGAAACAAUAAAUUUAUCCCGUGGUGCAUCAAUUGUAUUAUUAAUUAUUUAUGUGUUAUAUUUAUAUUUCCAGUUAAAAACACAUUCAAGAUUUUAUCUUGAAACAGAAGAUGAAAUAGAAGAACCAGAAUUUUCACUUUGUUAUUCAUUAUUUUUACUUGCAUUCAUUACACUCCUUAUUUCAUUCUCUGCUGAUUUGUUGGUUGGAUCAAUUGAAGGAAUUGUUGAAGUGUCUGGUUUAUCAAAAACCUUUGUUGGUUUAAUCUUAUUGCCUAUUGUUGGUAAUGCUGCUGAGCAUGUAACUGCAGUAACUGUUGCAAUGAAAAAUAAAAUGAGCCUUGCAAUUGGUGUUGCUGUUGGUAGUUCUAUGCAAAUAGCAUUAUUUAUCACACCAUUUUUAGUAAUUGUUGGAUGGAUAAUUGAUGAGAACAUGACUUUAUUCUUUCAUACUUUUGAAACGGUCGUUUUAUUUAUUUCAGUAUUAAUGACAAAUUAUCUUAUUCAGGAUGGUAAAUCUAAUUGGUUAGAAGGCGCAAUGUUAUUAGCUACUUACACCAUAAUUGCUUUGGCAUUUUUCUUUUAUCCUGAUAAUCCAGACAUUGACUAA